GUUGUCAGGGGAAUGCCAAUAAAACUAAUUGAAUUUAAUUGAACUGAGUAUGGUUAGCACGUACGCCUCACACCUCCAUGGUCGGGGGUUCGAGUCCCGCUGGGGCCAUGUGUGUGUGGAGUUUGCCUGUUCUCCCUGUGCUGCGGGGGUUUCCUCCGGGUACUCCGAUUUCCUCCCCCAGUCCAAAGACAUGCAUGGUAGGCUGAUUGGCGUGUCUAAAGUGUCCGUAGUGUAUGAAUGGGUGUGUGAAUGUGUAUGUGAGUGUGCCCUGCGAUGGACUGGCGCCCUGUCCAGGGUGUACCCCGCCUUGUGCCCGAUGCUCCCUGGGAUAGGCUCCAGGUUUCCCCGUGACCCUGAAAAGGAGUAAGCGGUAGAAGAUGGAUUGAUGGAUGCAUGAACUGAGUGUGUGUGAGUGUGUAUGAGUGAGAGAGAGAAAGAGAGAGAGUGACUGAAUGUCUGAGUGUCUGAGUGAGAAAGCGCGCGUGCGCGCGUAUAUCUGUGCACACCUGUGAGAGGAACUGUGCGAGCUUGUGUGAGUGCGUGCGCACAGGAGAGGCGAGUCGUGAUAACAGGUGUCUGUGUGAAACAAACUUAAAGUCGGACGCUUUAAAAGGAAUCCGAAUGAAAGUCUACAGAAUGGAUUGAAUUGUUUUACUCGACAUUAUUUCCCAGGACGCAGCUUUCCUGAGACGCAGAGGACUGAACGCGCUUGAGCGUUUCUGAUGAAUUUAUGUUGCAGCGGUCUGACUGGAAACUGGCGACUUUAUUUUGGUCUUCACUACUGCAGACUCUUCGAAACCUGCGGGGAAUAUAGAACUGAUAAAAGAUUCAUUUAAAAAUCUGGAUUAUCAAGUUUGAGUACCACGUAGUUUUCUUUUUUCCUCAAUGGCGUAUGUGUUUGUGUGAAAUACUCCUUGACACCUGAGAUUUCGUGUUAGGAGGAAAAUCCAAGUGGACUAUGGCAGUGUUGAGUUGUUUGAGGAUUUUACUUAUCUGGAAUUUGUUGGUCUGUGUAAAUGGAGGAGAGUUUGUGAAACCCCCAAGCUCAACUGUGUAUACAUUAGCAGAAGAAGAUGUGGUUCUGCCUUGUAAGUUCCAGCCAUCAGUAGCAGAGGUGAUCGUUCAGGUUAUCUGGAUACACGUUAAGUCAGAUGGGACCGAACAGCAGAUCAUAACUGCUCAUCAUCAGGAUGGACAGCUAGAAUCUCCUGCUUAUGUAGGCCGCGUGCGCUUUGAAGACAGCAACCCCAUGAUAAACUCCGCUCUGAUUAUCCUGAACACAGGGCUUUCAGACGAGGGACGCUAUACCUGUACCAUUGCUACAUACCCUAGUGGAAACGUAAAGACUCAAGUGUCUCUUACUGUGUGGACUAAACCCAUCUCCACAUUGGACCCUAUUAUUCUAGUGGAGGGACAGUCGUUUCGAAUGGCUGCCACGUGCCGUGCAAUGGCCAAGCCUCAGCCGGGUCUCUCGUGGGAUACAGAUCUGCCAGGCCAGAGCCAGAACCGUAGUCUGGACAAUGGUGUCAGCUCCAUCCAGUACUCCCUUCACCCUCUGAGGAGUAUGAACGGACGCAAGCUGGACUGUCUGGUCUGGCACCCGUCUCUAAAAAGUCCACGGAGACUCACCAAUCACCUUGUAGUGCACUACCCUCCAGAUGCAACAAUCUCAGGUUAUGAUGAGAAUUGGUAUAUGGGUCUGGAGGGUGCUCGACUACAGUGUGACGGUGGAGGAAACCCCAAACCACAAAACUUCACCUGGACCAGGAAAGAUGGCGGCUUACCAGAUGGCGUGACCGUGGAGAAGGAAAUAUUGCGGUUUGACCGGCCUCUUAGAUUAACAGACAAGGGAGUGUACGAAUGUGUCGCCACCAAUGUUGUGGGGUCUGGGAAAGUGGACAUAGCAAUAGAAGUAACAGAGGAACCAAAAAAUCCGACAUCAUUCGACAGCCUCCUGCUGAUCAUCAUUGGAGGAGUUGCAGGGACGCUGGUGCUUAUUCUAGUGAUUGUAGUAAUAACAGUAAACCGAUAUCACAAACGAAAAAACAGACAGCUGGUUAUGGAGCUGGAUGUGAAAAAGGAAGAAAUUAGCACUCUUUCCAGACAGGCCUCGAUCAGAAGAGUUGUAUCAACCAGCAUGGAUAAUAAAUACCAGAUGGAAGAGAACAUACCAUUACGAGUUGAAGGAACAUUACGGCAUAGUCUCACUUCAUUGGACCAUGCCCGCUCUCGAGACAGUCAUUCUACUUUAGGAGGAUUAGACUCUCUGGGUCGACCUGCCAUUUAUAACACAUCCAGACGUGGCAGGGAACGAACGAUGGACCGAGAGAAAGAUGGAGAGAUGGUUCCUAGUGGACUGAAAACGCAGCCUUACACCAGGAACAGCGAUGCAUUGCUGCUGCAUCCAGACAGUCACUUCCAUCCUCCUCUACAGCCUUCCACUUUUCCGAUGGAGCACACUGCUGAAAUUAUCAGGUCUCGGAACGGUAGCGCCAUUCUACCAGCAGAUGGCAGACCGCAAUCAGGAGGAGGAGGCAGCAUAACUGGCAGCAGAGCAGGCAGCAAAGGGCAUCAUUCACCCUUGAAUUCAACCUACCCAGUACUUACAGAUGACGAAGACCUGAGGCCAGUUGAUGAAGGGUCAGAGUUUUCCAGGGGCCAAAUAGAACCUGAUGGUAUGGAUAAUGGAGGAAGCGAGACUGCAAGCUCGCAAAUAUCCGAGGCGAUGUCGAAUCACUUCGAACAUACUAACGGUACUCUAUGGCCUAAGUCGAAACCCAACAACAUCAUACUAGCACCAGAGACCACUCGAUUUAACUCUGUCCACUCAAACAUGAUUCAUCACCCACCUCAGAUAGUGUAGCUCUCAGACUUCAGCACUGGGCACCAUCUAUGAGCCACGACAGAGUGGCUGGCAUUGAUACGUUUUGGAUUCUGGGAGACCGUGGAGAGAUACUGAGAUUGAAGCUUUGGCAAGUGAAAUCUCUCACCUGAAUGUUUCAGAUCAAAACUAGGUGACAUACUCUAGUGUACUACUUCUACAAACGGUCAUUGCAAUGUUAGCAAUUCAUGCUGGCAAUUUAUAAUCUGUAAAAAAAAAAAAUCUAUUUUUAUAUGGCAUGUACUUUGAGUGGUAUUAAGUGUGGGACUGACUUUCUCUGACUCCAUGUAUCAAAUGCACACACGCUUUUUGUGUGGACGAGUAUUAUAAUGCAACAUUUUCAAUGAGCGAGACAGAAAAGCUGUGACUGUGAAAUGAUGCCGUGACCGAGAGAAUGAACUGUGUCCUCCUGUUCUUCUUGCCAUGCAGUUGUAACCGUGUUCGCAGCACCAGUCUGGAGGAUUAAACCUCUGUUUACCUGGGAACUUUUCUUUCUAACACUGAUGACUUACAAUGGCAUGACCUGUGAGCUAUGUCUUCUUAUUACUGUAUAUAAAAGUCUCAGUAUAUGCUGA